UAGUUUGCAUCAUACGCAUAGCACGUUGUUCGAAUUAAUCCCACUGUUCCAGGUUUCAGGUUAAGCUUUCUUCCCUCUUUCUAUUUUACUUCUAUCUUCCAAUUUCUUCUUUCUCUUACAAUCCAUCUUUCCGAUCCCAAAUCAAAACCGUCAUCAUAACCGAAACACACUACUCUCGUAGAUCUCUCAAUCUCAAAAGCUCGUUUCUUCCUUUUCUCCGCAAUCCCUUCGCUUCGCUUCUCUAGGGUUUCCACGAACCACUUCCGCUUCUUCCCAUUUAAGGUCUUCAAAUUGGCUUGAAUGACCGUGUGGCGACAACCAGGCUAUGACUUCAAGCAUGUUGAGUGGGGAACGAAGGUGGACCUCUUCCACCAGAAGAGGUGGUAUGACCGUGUUAGGGAAAGUUGCAGUUCCAAAACCUAUAAACCUACCCAGUCAGAGGUUAGAAAAUCAUGGUCUGGACCCAAAUGUGGAGAUAGUACCCAAGGGUACCCUUGGCUGGGGCAGUAAAUCAUCAUCUUCUGCAUCAAAUGCUUGGGGUUCAUCUGGGUCUCCAAAUGCCAAUGUUGUGCCUAGUUCACCCAGUCAUCUCAGUACCCGUCCAUCAUCUGGUGGAAGUGGCACACGGCCUUCAACUUCUGGUAGUGAUAGGGCUUCUGAACUAACUACUGGUGCAUGGGGGUCAAGCUCCCGGCCUUCAUCAGCAUCAGGGCCACCAGCAUCAAAUCAGACUUCUCAGACAUCAUUGCGUCCUCGCAGUGCUGAAACAAGACCUGGUAGUUCACAAUUAUCUCGAUUUGCUGAACAUGGUACUGAAAAUUCAGUGACUUGGAAUGUUGCUAGAACUACAGAGACACUGGGAAUUAAACAAUACAAGAAUGAUGAUUUUUCUUUGAGCUCUGGAGAUUUUCCUACUCUUGGUUCUGAGAAGGACAAAUCUGUACAAGAUGUUGAGUUGCAAGAUCACGCUUCUCAUAUUCGGCCAGACUCUUCUUCUGGACUUGGGAAAGAAAAAAAUGAGACCUCAACUGCUGAUGAUGUUCCUGUCCAUGCUAAUGCAAUGGGUGAAACUGUAAAUUCUUGGAGAAGAGACUAUCAGGCUUUCAAUGAGGAUGGUAUGAGGCCCGGAAUAGAGAAAUGGCAGGGGAAUCUUCAGCACUAUCCAAAUGCUGGUGUUCUUCCUCAACACUUUGAUGUUUGGCGCGGUGCUCCAGUAAAUAACCAUCAACGUGAUAUUUGGUUUAGAGGCCCACCUAACGGUCCUCCUUUUGCAACUCCUGUUGCUCCCGGUGGCUUUCCAAUUGAACCGUUUCCAUUUUAUCGUCCACAAUUUCCACAUGCUGGUCUUGCCAAUCCACCUCAAGUUCCUCCUCCUGGAAGCGGUCCAAGAGGGCAGCAUAAUAAUGGAGAAGUCUACAGGCCUCAUAUGCCUGAUGCUUACAUUAACCCGGGUAUGCCAUUGAGACCUGAUUUUUUUCCUGGCCCAAUGGCUUAUGAAGGCUACUAUGGUCCCCCAAUAGGCUAUUAUAAUUCAAAUGAACGAGAUGUUCCAUUCAUGGGAAUGGCAACUGGAGCAUCUGUUUAUAAUAGAAACUCAAGUCAGAAUCCACAUGAGCCUGGCAAUUUACAUGGUAGGUCUGGUGGACAUGAUAAUAUGGUAAAGCCAUUGGCCUCAGAACCAGUAGAAUCCAGUCAUACUCCUGAUACUGUUGGACCCUACAGGGUUCUUCUUAAGCAACACAACAAGUGGGAUGGAAAAAGUGAACCAACAAACUGGGAGGACUCAUUAACAACGAAUGCAUCAUUUGUUAACGUGAGGGACCAACCGGUAAUGUCUGUCCAGGAGAAUGAUCAUAUUAGGAACAUGGAGAUGGAUUUAAGGAAGACAAGUGUUCAUGGCAAAGAAGUUUCUUCUCAAACAUCAGGAAACCAAGGAUCUAGUUUUAUCAAAAAUGCCAAAUCACUUGAAAGCACAGGAAGCUCUAAUGAAUUUGAUAAUAUUGCGGCAAGGAAAAUGGAUGGUGUAACUUCUAAUACACUAGAAUCUUCCUCAAGGUUGCCCGCCCCUAAAGAUUCCACUCUGAUUCAGAAGAUAGAGGGUUUAAAUGCAAAAGCCAGGGAUAAUUCAUCUACUAAAAGUAAAGAGGAGAGAAGGAAUAAGUUUCAUGUUGGUAACCAUGCGGAAAACGAAGUAAGUGCUGGUGUUGUGUUUCCUGACACAUCCCUUGCUACUGAAGUUAAAAAUCCAACUGCUCGUGGAGUGGGUACUCUUGGAGGCGAAGAUAAUUCUGAAUCAUCAUCUCUCAGUGGAACAGCUACAUCCAGGCAUAUUUCUCAUGGCAUGCAAGGCAGAGGCAAUCAUCGCAAGGGAAGACUUGAUACUCAAGAUGCUGAUGGUUGGCGAAAGAAAUCUGAAGUUAUAAAUUCUUCAACUUCAUCAGGUGCACAGCUGGAUGCAUCUAACAUUCUUGUUGGUGAGCAUCAAAUAUCUGUUGAUGCCUAUGAAAGGUCCGGGUCCUAUAGCCAAGUAAGGCGCGAAGGAGACUCUAUGCAAACCUUAGCUGAUUCAGCUGAUAGCCAUGUACAGCAUGCUAAAACAAAAGAGUUAGUCAAGCAACGGACUAAGCAACUGAGGGAGGAAGAGGUGGAGCGGCCUAAAAAGCAAAAGGAUAAAAGUCCAGUGAAGUUAGAUGGGGUAAACAGGCGCACACAAGCCGUGAAAAGGUCAACACAGAAAGAGUAUGAUGUAAAUUCUGCCUUACAGAAUAAGCAAGAAUUUCAAUCUUCUGAAUCCGCAACAGUAUUGGGUAAAUCUGGAGCAGCCACUUCAUCUGUAAGGCCUAAUGACAAUGAUGCUUAUCUGAUUAGUGAUACCAACAUUAACAGAGUUGAAAAACCACCCAUCUUGUCCAGUGAAACAUCUUUAGAGACACUAAAGAAUGCUGACAAAGAGCCUGUGCUGAGUCACAAUAAAUCAGCGACCUUGUUCCAAGAUGUUAAUUGUGGUGAUGCCACUAGUGCUUUACAGGUUCACAAUAAUGCCGUGUCAAGGCAGAAAAAAAUGGGCCAUAAACCUAAACAUAAUCUUUCUCUAGAGAAGACUAUGAAUGUUUCUACAACCUCAACUGCCCCUCAAGUUGAGAAUCACACAGGGGCUACAAAUGAAGUUAGUUCAGCCUUACCAGUUAAUUCAACUUCUAUGGCUGAGUCGUCUGUAAACCAGAAAAAGAAAAAUAACAGGAAUAGCAGAAACAAACAGAAGGUUGAAGAGACUUUGUACUUGGCUUCAUUACCAUCGGUAAUACCAAAGGAAGCUGGUCUUCCGAGAACCUCUGUUGAAAAUAAAUCCAGGGUAGACAUUGAGUCAGACCAGGGUUCAAUUCAGACAUCAUCCUUGCCUAAAGACUCAAAUCAGUAUUCAGACCAAAGAUUUGUAGAGAAUGAAGAAUCCUCUGGUAGAACGAAUAGCCAGUUAAAAUCACAGCAUUCUCGUAGGAUACCAAGAAACAUGCAGGCUAAUAGACAAGCAGAGAAAUCCCAUGGGAGUGAUGUUUUGAUGUGGGCACCUGUUAAACCACCUAACAAGAUAGAGAUGUUGGAUGAAUCAAGUCAGAAAAGUAAAACUGAGGCAAUUGUUCCUGCAAAGAGUGAUCAGCAGGUGCAUAAUUUAAAAAAUAAGAGGGCUGAAAUGGAGAGAUAUAUUCCAAAACCUGUUGCAAAAGAAAUGGCUCAGCAAGGAGGUUUACAACAAAUGGUUUCCUCAAUAAGUCAAGCUCCAACGGAUGACUGUGUUGAAAGAGUUGAUUCUGGUCCUCAAGGUCCCCAGAUAACUCAGCAUGCUAUUUCAGGUGUUGGGAAAGUGGGUUCUACAAUGGAAUCUAAAAAUGGAGAUAGCAGGCAGACUAGGGCUUGGAAAGGAAAAGCACAUGGAUCCUGGCGACAAAGGAAUUCAACAGAAUCAAAUGAUGUGCAUGACAUGCAAGAUGGAGGUAGCCAUGAUUCAGACUCCUAUCAAAAUAUUCAGAUAACUAUGGAGCGUCAGCAAGUGCAGAUGUCUGAAACAAACUUGUUGAGAGGACAUUCGAAGCAUGCUAGUGACAUUAAUAAACCUGAUGGCUUAAACAAUUCAGACAAUCAUGAUUCAGCUGUUCAUGUUUCUGCUCCUAUUAUCAAAUAUCAUAAAGCAGUGGUAAGGGAGAGGCAGGUUCCUCUUAGACGACAGAAGGGCACAGGGGUUAACCAUGAUACUGAUCAGAAGAAAAAUGCUGGGGACACGCGGAAAGAAUCAUUGUUAUCAUCAUCUGAUCACAAUCAACAAGAUCUCAAUGCCGUUUCUACGGAAAGUCAAAGUACUGGAGAACGUAUGUCAUCUCAUUGGCAACCCAAAUUUCAGGCAUCAAAUAAUCAUAGAGGAAACAGGCCCAAGAAAAAGGAGUCUACUCAUACAGGUAUAUCAUUUCGAGAUGGUCAAGACAAAGAGUAUAGCACUAUUAUACCACAACCUCCCAGCCAAUCAGUUUCUGAGAAGGGCUGGGGUGAUGAUGAUUGGAAUCUGGAGACGGUAAGGGAGAGUAGAAAUGCUCCGCCAAAAGGCCACCCUCGCUCAAAUCAGGUAGCUGUUAGCUCAAGUGAGCAGGCUCCAACUGGUAUGGAUUUUAGGCAUCAGCAACGGCCAUCAUCUGAUGUUCGCAGAAAUGGAAACCAAAAUCGUUUUGGAAGGGGACAUGAAUCUCAGGGAGAUUGGAAAACUCAAGAUGACCGGCAUUAUCAUAACCGGCCUGCUAACCGGGAAAGACAAGGUCCAAACUUUCAUAAUCAUUAUGAGUACCAGAAUAAUGGGCCACAUGUUGGUGACAUCAAAUCAGACAACGAACGACCCAAAGAUGGUAAUUAUCAGGCUGGGGGAAGAUUUAGGGAGAGAAGUCAAACUCACUCAAGACGAGGUGGUGGUGGAAACUUCUCUGGUCACUAGUUAGAGUGGUGAUUUUGACUAGAAGCUGUUAACUACUGAGUAGUGGUUCUUUUCAAGAUGUUUUUUGUGCUCCAUCAGAAGCCCUUACAUGUAUGUAUCGGUGCUUUGUUCAGUCAUGUUGGAGUAUAUGUAGUGCAGGUUUCAGAUUAUUUGAGUUUUGAAUGGUAAAUGCAGUUUGCAUAAGUUAUGUUCUGAUGAUUGGUAAGCAUUGGGCAGGGAACAAUGAAGAAGAGGCCUCCAUUUUUUUGGGGCUGGGAAGAGAAAGUUUGAUGGCCGGUGCCCUGUGAUUUAUUAUUCUUCCUAUGUAUCUGAAUGAAAAUAGUAAUUUGAUGGCAUGGUUUUUUUGUUAUUUGUUUCA